AUGGCUCGUGCACAAGACAGAGAGCAAACCUUCCAAGUCAGCGAAUUAAAGUCCAGUUUGCCCAUCGCCAUUUGGUGCUGUGUGUUCCGUUUAUCCGAGGCCCCUCGUCCUGCCGUGCAAGAUAGUCUCUGCUCCCCCUUUAACCUGGAUGUGCAUCACCCACGCCUAUUCUCAGGGCCACCGGAGGCUGAAUUUGGAUACAGUGUCUUACAACACGUUGGGGGUGGACAGCGCUGGAUGCUGGUGGGCGCUCCCUGGGAUGGGCCUUCAGGCGACCGGAGAGGGGAUGUUUAUCGCUGCCCUGUGGGGGGACCCCCGAACACCCCAUGUGCCAAGGGCCACUUGGGUGACUAUCCACUGGGAAAUUCAUCUCAUCCCGCUCUGAACAUGCACCUGGGGAUGUCUCUGCUGGAGACGGAUGGUGAUGGGACGUUCAUGGCCUGUGCCCCUCUCUGGUCUCGUGCUUGCGGCUCCUCUGUCUUCAGUUCUGGGAUAUGUGCCCACGUAGACGCUUCGUUCCAGCCUCAGGGAAGCCUGGCACCCACCGCCCAACGCUGCCCCACAUACAUGGACGUGGUCAUCGUCUUGGACGGCUCCAACAGCAUCUACCCUUGGCUUGAGGUUCAGACCUUUUUAAGAAGACUGGUCGGCAGGCUGUUUAUUGACCCAGAGCAGAUACAGGUGGGGCUGGUACAGUACGGGGAGAGCCCCGUCCAUGAGUGGUCCCUGGGGGAUUUCCGCACCAAGGAAGAAGUGGUGAGAGCAGCAAGGCACCUGAGUCGGCGCGAGGGACGAGAAACAAAGACAGCCCAAGCGAUAAUGGUGGCCUGCACAGAGGGGUUCAGUCCAUCCCGAGGGGGCCGACCAGAGGCAGCCAGGCUACUGGUGGUGGUCACCGAUGGAGAAUCACAUGAUGGGGAGGAGCUGCCCGCAGCCCUGAGAGCCUGUGAGGCUGGCAAAGUGACCCGCUAUGGGAUUGCGGUCCUUGGUCACUACCUCCGCCGGCAGCGAGACCCCAGCUCUUUCCUGCGGGAGAUCCGAACUAUUGCCAGCGAUCCAGACGAACGAUUCUUCUUCAAUGUCACCGAUGAGGCUGCUCUGACGGACAUUGUGGAUGCAUUAGGAGACCGGAUUUUUGGCCUUGAAGGGUCCCAUGAAGGGAACGAAAGCUCCUUCGGCCUAGAAAUGUCUCAGAUCGGUUUCUCCACGCAUCGGCUAAAGGACGGGAUUCUCUUUGGGAUGGUGGGGGCCUACGACUGGGGAGGCUCCGUGCUCUGGCUUGAGGAGGGUCAUCGCCUUUUCCCCCCACGGACGGCCCUGGAGGACGAAUUCCCCCCUGCACUGCAGAACCACGCGGCCUACCUGGGCUACUCGGUUUCCUCUGUGCUUUUGCGAGGAGGACGCCGCCUGUUCAUCUCGGGAGCGCCUCGGUUUAAACACCGGGGCAAGGUCAUCGCUUUCCAGCUUCAGAAAGACGGGGCUGUGAGGGUUGCCCAGAGCCUCCAGGGGGAGCAGAUUGGCUCCUACUUCGGCAGUGAGCUCUGCCCAUUAGAUACAGAUGGGGAUGGAGCCACUGACGUCUUCCUGGUUGCUGCCCCCAUGUUCCUGGGACCCCUGAACAAAGAGACAGGACGUGUUUAUGUGUAUCUGGUGGGCCAGCAGCAGCCCCUGCUGCUGCUCCAGGGAACACUUCAGCCAGAACCCCCGCAGGACGCCAGGUUUGGCUUUGCCAUGGGGGCCCUUCCUGACCUGAACCAAGAUGGCUUUGCAGACGUGGCUGUGGGGGCACCCCUGGAGGAUGGCCACCAGGGUGCCCUGUACCUCUACCAUGGGACCCAGCGUGGCGUCAGGCCCCGCCCUGCGCAGAGAAUUGCUGCUAUGUCCAUGCCGCGGGCCCUCAGCUACUUCGGCCGAAGUGUGGACGGCCGCCUAGAUCUGGAUGGGGAUGAUUUGGUGGAUGUCGCUGUGGGUGCCCAGGGAGCCGCCAUUCUGCUCAGCUCCCGGCCUAUUGUCCGCCUGGCCCCUUCGCUGACAGUGACCCCCCCAGUGGUCAGCGUGGUUCAACGGGACUGCAGGCGACGAGGCCAGGAGGCAGCCUGCCUGACUGCAGCCCUCUGCUUCCAAGCCACCUCGCGCACUCCAGGCCGCUGGCCUCAACAAUUCCAUGUGCGGUUCACGGCAUCCCUGGACGAGUGGACAGCCGGGGCACGCGCAGCCUUCGAUGGCUCUGGCCAGAGGCUGGCCCCUCGGCGGCUCUGGAUCCGUGUGGGGAAUGUCACUUGUGAGCAGCUGCACUUCCAUGUACUGGAUGCAUCAGAUUACCUCCGGCCAGUGGCUUUAACGGUGACCUUUGCCUUGGACAACACCACAAAGCAAGGGCCUGUGCUGGACGAGGGCUCGCCCACUUCCAUCCAAAAGCUGGUCCCCUUCUCGAAGGACUGUGGCCCUGACAAUGAGUGUGUCACAGACCUGGUGCUUCAAGCCAGCAUGGACAUCCGAGGCUCCAGGAAGGCCCCCUUUGUGGUCCGAGGUGGCCGCCGGAAAGUGCUCGUAUCAGCAACUCUGGAGAACCGGCAGGAAAACGCCUACAACACGAGCCUGAGCCUCAGUUUCUCCAGAAAUCUCCACCUGGCCAGCCUGGCUCCUCAGAUGGACAGUUCGGUGAAGGUGGAGUGUGCUGCCCCUUCCUCCCAUGCCCGGCUUUGCAGCGUGGGGCAGCCUGUCUUCCAGACCGGGGCCAAGGUGACCUUCCUGCUGGAGUUUGAGUUCAGCUGCUCUGCCCUCUCGAGCCAGGUCCUCGUGAGACUGACGGCCACCAGUGAGUCCACCCUGCACCGCUAUGAGGUUCACCCAUAUGGGGCCCUCCCAGUGGGUCCUGGCCCCGAGUUCAAAACCACUCUCAGGGUGCGGAACCUCGGCUGCUAUGUGGUCAGGGGCCUCAUCAUCUCAGCCCUCCUUCCGGCGGUGGCCCACGGGGGCAGUUACUUCCUGUCCCUGUCUCAAGUGAUCACCCACAAUAAUGGGAGCAAUACCCGGUGUCAGGUCGUGAAGUGCCACCUUGGACGGCUGGCAAAGGGAGCUGAGGUCUCGGUUGGACUGCUGAGGCUGGUUCACAAUGAAUUCUUCCGGAGGGCCAAGUUCAAGUCCCUGACAGUGGUCAGCACCUUCGAGAUGGCCGCUGAGGAGGGCAGUGUCCUACAGCUGACUGAAGCUGCCCGCUGGAGUGAGAGCCUCCUGGAGGUGACCCAGACGCGCCCUGUCCUCAUCUCCCUGUGGAUCCUCAUCGGCAGUGCCCUGGGAGGCCUGCUCCUGCUUGCGCUCCUGGUGUUCUGCCUUUGGAAGGUCAGCCUGGCUUUGGGGGGCAGUGUGCCGCAAGGGGCCCUUGGCUUCUUUGCCCGUAAGAAAGUCCCCGAGGAAGAGAAGAGAGAAGAGAAGUUGGAACAAUGA